CAACAGCUGCAACUCGACGACGCAGUCCUUCCCAUCGUCGGCCUCAUCCUCAUCGCCCAAAGCUCCACUGCCACCAACGGCUUCUCAACGACCAGCCUGCCUACUUCGCCACCACCAACAACGGCGCCCACAACAGGUCCGCCGCUCGCUAUUUCCGUCACACGUCGCUUGUAUUUCAUAACGAGAAGAGCUUUUCAUAAUGUCAUUCUAUAACAACUUCAACCAUCACCACCCCCAUCAUCAACCCACUGCAGCUACUCCCUCGGCUGUGUCGCACAACCAUCAUGGUGGGCGGAAUAGGAGGGCGCCUAGGGUAUCUGUGCCCCAGACCUCGCAAAAACAGUUCCGUGGAGCCAAGAGUAUGAGAGAGUUGACCGUUGAAUCUCCCUCUGUGUCUGCGUUCCGAUCACAAUUCGAAGCCAGUCGAUCUUUCGACCUCGAAGACGAUAUGGAAUUCUGCCCCAAGUUGUUAACAGAGAGUGAUCUCGUGUCCAUUAGCAGCGCUUCCUCUGAUCGCUCAUCCCUCUCGAGCGGGUCGCCUAGCGCCUCUCCAACACAACAUCCUCAACAAGUCGCUUCUCAUUUCACGUUAACUUCCACUUCGCCUGCUUUUGUGCCUCCAACAUUCCAACAGCAUCAAUCGAGUCUUAAAUUACACCAGCCAUCUGCUACAAGGACGCGCAAUGCUAUUCCCAUCAUCAACCCCGCUAAUGGUCUGACAAUGUCGAGCCCGCCGCCGUCUGUAUCACCCGCCAGGAUGCACCAUGUCGGUCGACGGUGGUAGAUCAGUAUCCCGUUCUCAGUGAGAAGCGAGGACAUACCGAUUCUUAUCGCUGUCUAUCCUUGGUAGUGAGCAUUGCUAUAUGGAUCCGUCUAUAUAGCGCUCAUUCGCUGUAUCUUUUCUCCACAGCUGGUUCAUCUUGGCGGGCACCGACACAGGCAUUAG